AUGUAUAUUGACGUCUUGGCCCCCAAGACCCACGUUGAAAGUUCUGCGUUGCCGAUGAGGCGUCUCUUUCGAAGUGCCUCCGACUCGCUCGUCUUCUGGACCUUCUGGGGAUGGCUCCGGUACAGGAAAGAGAUCCUGGUGGUGACGGAGAGUGCCGGCGGCUACUGUCCAGCUUUCCCCAUUUUGUCGCACGGCACUACCCACAUUGGCAGGCUAGCCCGGACCCCGGGAUUGGGGCAGCAGGUGGGACCUGGCAAGGACUCGGCUUCGAAGGUUGCCCAGAAGAGUCACGUUGGAGAUCUCGCUACCGGCGCCACCGUCACGAGGAUGCGCAUGGGAUUGAAAAACUGGCCACCACCACCUACUGACGCCUGGUAUUGGGAUAUUUAUCGCAUCGAACUCGGAGCUUCCGGGCGUAUGUAUAUCGUGCCAAUUAAUAUUGACUCGGCUUCCCUUCUCGUCUGGCAGUGGAAGGGUAAAAAUGAAGAAGAAAGGGCCCAGUAUACUUGGGGGGACGAUCGAUGGAAUCUCUCAUCCGGCGCCCCGAUUGCCAGCCUGCGGGCGCUGUUGAUAUUACUCAAAUAA